AUGCUUGUUGCAUCAUAUCUUGUAAUUAGUUUCUCGUUUUGGCAACUGGCAUAUACGACUGUAGAUCAGAAAGGAGUUUGUAAUUCGGGUGAAGCUGGUCAGCUUUGUGAUAAUGAAGCUAGCAGUGAAGAAUGCACGAAAGUUAUAGCUGAAGAUCCAGACGUUGACAAAAAUUUGGUUUCAAAUGAUUGUUUUAAAUAUCCCACACUGACCAAAAUGUGCCGAAAAAAAUGCCUAAGCUGUUGCGAGUUACCUGAAUACAGCUGUAGUGAUGAUCCUGCAACUUGCAAGGAUACAUUCAGUGACUGUGAAUUAUAUCGAAAUCUCUGUACUGACGAAAAAUACAUGGAACUAAUGAAGAAACAAUGUGCACGAACAUGUAAUUUUUGUGAGAAAUGA